AUGUGGGGUGUAGGUAGCCCGUUACUAAACGUCCUAUCCCGACUCUCUGAGGCGACUGUUGCUGGUUAUUUGGGUUACUCAGAUGCAGUGCAUCUGCGCCAGUUGAUGUGGUCGUACCUAGUGAUGAAAGGGGCAAUGGUUUUUGAGACAGUUUUGAAGAACCAGCUCCAGGUGCAUGCAACCUCAAUACUAAAGGCCUCUAUUGAGAAUCCAGAAGAGUACGAUUACGAGUUGGAUCUUAGUACACUCAUUGCCAGUUAUAAUCUCCGUAGCGAGGAAGAGAAGGCAGAUCAAGAGGCAAUAAACCUGGCGCAGAAAAUCCUAUUUGCAGGUACAAUUCACCAUACUGCCAAUGCUCUUGAAACACUUGACUUGGAUGAGCUAGGACACGGUGUUGGAGAUCCCAGGGGCAGAGGCAAUGAUCUUAUGCACCAAUACAAGCCUGCGCCCAACCAAAUUUCUCUCCGGUUUGUUCGUGAAGAUGGCACUGACAAUGACGACAAAUUCACUGAUCAUAUCAACACCUUCCUCCGGCGCCGCAAGAUCCUUCUACAAAAAGAGGACACUACCUACCAGCACGAUAUAACAAUCGAGCCAGGCCCUGUACCUGUUCCAAAGGAGGGUCCGUGGACUAUCUACGAUAACGACAAUCCUGAACAAGUAAUUCCCUGGACUGACGUUCAAAAGAUCCUACAAGCUGGGGCCAAGUUUCCGAUUCAAUAUGCCCUCAAGGUAAUUGAUACCAAUGAGGAUGGUCCAUAUCCAUUUGAGUUUGAUGGGGGACCUAUGCAGGUGCGCAGUAACAUUGCUAUUGCUACUGCUAGUACUGUGUCUACUGCAAUCCGGGAUACUAUUAUGGCAGACGAACCUGACAACACUAGACCUCAACCUAUGGAGAGCCUGGCAUUAGAUGACAAACCCCAGUGCGUGGAUGUUUCCACGCCUACAGGAAUCGAUACUUUUAUUCGAAAGGUCAUUGGGACACUUCGGGUUGCAAAUGUUACACCCAAAACAGCCCUUAAUUUAGCUGGUCUUCCAGGUAAUGUGAGAGAAGAGAUCCAGGCCGGCCUUGCUGCAGCUACAGAGACCACUCUGAAUGCAGAUGUUGGCGGAGUUCAAGAGGAUUCAAAUUUUGAGGACUAUUACAAGACGCAAAAGUUGUUUGCUGAAAAUGAAUCCCAUACAGGCCCUCCUCUCGAUGCUUGUUUGGAAAUAUCCCAGGCAGUAUUUGACUCCUGGCAUGACCAAAACCAGAUCCUAGCGAAGUACAAGCUGAACUCGCUCCCAACAGUUAAAAUGCGCCCAUUAGGACACCAGAUUACCGGUUUUCUCUGGAUGAUUGUGAAGGCUUACGGGUAUAUCUGUGCUCCAACGGAAGAGGCUCAGGCUAUUGCCGAAGAUUUGCUUACCACACGCACCUUAUUCUAG